CAAGGACACUCUAGCCGUCACUUCCUUAGCUAUCUAUAGUUUCAAGAACGGCCCUCUAUCUAGACGGUUCUCUGGAGUUCUUUCUCUAUGGCUUCGCGCCGCCGGACUGGGAGGGCGGCUGGGACAUUGCGUCUCUAACCGAGAGGCCGCCGCACCAGGGGGGAGGGAAACUGAGGCGCGAGCAGAUGGAGCCUGGGAUGGAGACAGAGACGUUGGAGUCGAGGAUCAACCGAGCUACCAAUCCUCUAAAUAAGGACCUUGAAUGGGACAGCAUCAAUGCUUUUUGUGACCAGCUCAAUAAGGAACUAGAGGGCCCACCACUUGCCACCCGGCUUCUAGCCCACAAGAUCCAGUCUCCACAAGAAUGGGAAGCCAUUCAGGCUCUCACGGUGCUGGAGGCCUGUAUGAAGAGCUGUGGCAAACGCUUCCAUGAUGAAGUAGGCAAGUUCCGCUUCCUUAACGAGCUCAUCAAGGUGGUGUCGCCCAAGUAUCUAGGAAGCAGAACCCCAGAGAAAGUGAAAUCCAAGAUCUUGGAGCUGUUGUAUAGUUGGACAUUGGGGCUGCCCCAUGAAGUGAAGAUUACGGAGGCCUAUCAGAUGCUGAAAAAACAAGGGAUUAUAAAAUGUGACCCCAAGUUGCCAGAUGAUACACCCUUCCUGCUGCCUCCCCCCAGGCCAAAGAAUGUCAUUUUUGAUGAUGAAGAGAAGUCCAAGAUGCUGGCUCGUCUGCUCAAAAGCUCCCACCCUGAGGACCUCCGGGCUGCCAACAAGCUUAUAAAAGAGAUGGUUCAGGAGGAUCAAAAGCGAAUGGAGAAGAUCUCCAAGAGGGUGAAUGCUAUUGAGGAGGUGAACAACAAUGUGAAGCUGCUGACCGAGAUGGUGACUAAUUACACCAAGGGGGAGACAACAGAGAGCAGCGAGGACCUCAUGAAAGAGCUGUACCAGCGUUGUGAGCGCAUGAGGCCUAUGCUUUUCCGUCUUGCCAGUGACACAGAAGAUAACGAUGAGGCAUUAGCGGAAAUUUUGCAAGCCAAUGAUAACUUAACACAAGUGAUCAACAUGUACAAGCAGUUUGUGAAAGGAGAGGAGAUCAAUGGUGAGACUGUGGCUGGUUCUCUUCCAGGCAGCGCUUCAGCACUUCUGGAUCUAUCAGGGCUCGACAUGCCAACCACAAGCCCUUCCUACCCAGCCUUACCAAGCUUCUCAAGUGGCAUCUCAGCAGCUUCUGUGCCAGAGCAAACCGGCUCUGUGUCUCUGCUGGAUGAUGAACUCAUGUCAUUAGGGCUUAAUGAUCCAGCAACUCCCUCAGCCCAGGGUACAGAUAACAGUGGCUGGAACAAUUUCCAGUCAUCUGACAGUCCUGAGCUCACCAACCCCUCAGUCCCACCUGCCCCAGUGGGGAAAGCUGAUGCUGGACCGCCUACGCCAACACCUUAUGCUGCCACUAGUGGCAUGGAUGAUCUGGAUCUGCUGGGCAAGACUCUGUUGCAGCAGUCUCUUCCCCCAGAAUCUCUGCAAGUCAGAUGGGAGAAGCAGCCACCACCGCGGUUAACAUUGCGCGACCUCCAAAACAAGAGCACUUCCAGCCCAUCUGUGAACACCAGCUGCACCCAGCCCCUCUUCUCGAGCCUCUCUGCCACCCUGCCUCUGCCCUCUGAGCAGCCAGCACCCACUGUGGCCCCUCGAGGACUGCCAACACCCUCUGGAGCCACGGUUCCCUCAGCGGGCCUCUCUGCUUCCACGUCCCCCCUGGAAAUCUCACUGACAAGUGUCUCUGUGCCUCUGGAAUCUAUCAAACCUAGCAGCAUUCUGCCAGUGACUGUGUAUGACCAGCAUGGAUUCCGUGUCCUCUUCCACUUUGCCAAGGACUCUCUGCCUGACCGGCCUGAUGUGCUAGUAGUGGUCAUCUCCAUGCUCAGCACAGCCCCCUUGCCCAUUAGGAACAUCGUCUUUCAGUCUGCCGUCCCCAAGGUGAUGAAAGUGAAGCUGCAGCCGCCCUCAGGGACAGAGCUCCCAGCUUUCAACCCCAUUGUGCCCCCUGCGGCAGUCACCCAGGUCCUUCUGCUUGCUAACCCACAGAAGGAGAAAGUAAGACUACGAUACAAGCUGACCUUCACCAUGGCAGAUCAAACCUACAAUGAAAUGGGCGAUGUGGACCAGUUCCCGUCUCCAGAGUCAUGGGGGAACCUGUAGCACUGCAGCCGGCGUGCUGCCUCAGACUUCUAAGGAUUCUGCCUCCUUUAAGACAAGCGCUUUCCCAGGGCUGGCUAGCUCUCAGACUGAAAGGCUGGCGAUCAGCAGGAUGCUGUGUGUGGAGGAUAGCAGGCAGAGAUGAGAGGGGAUGGGUGCCCCUUGGGGGGUGUUGGGACAGGAGCGAUGGAAUGAGUUUGUCUCUGUUCUUCUAACCUGAUUUCUGAGGUUGCUCAGAAACCUCAUCUCGCUCCUGCCCUCAUCCUGCUCUCCCAGCUGUUGCUUUUCUUUCCAUGGAAGGGCGGUCAUGAUCAGCUGAGACUGGCUUUGUGAAACCCACCUCCAGGGAGAGACUCUUUGGAUCAUAUCCCCUCCUGCUAAAGUUCUAUCGGACCUUAGCCCCUUCCUGCUCUUCAGCUCUUUCUCACUCCACACUGUCCACAAGCAAAUCUAAAGGGUUGAGGUUGCAAGGGUGAUACUUGGAGCGAUGCCCCUUGCUCUCCUUCUCUGUGCGUGAAGCUUGAUUGGUGGCUUGGAUGAGGCAAUAGGCCCCACUCUUGUCACGGGAGACCUAGGUGGCCUAUUUGUGACUCCAUGGGCCAAACAGCCUUGAGAUUACAGGGUGGCUGGGUCUGUUUUGCCCAUGAGACCUUUAUUUCCCCAGAGCUGGGUAACGGGCAUGGGUUAAUGCUCACCAUGCUUGUUGAGCUGCUUAGGAUCAGAAUCUGCCUCAGCUAGUGGGACGGGCCAAGGAGGAAGGAGGGCAGUGUGCAUAGUCUAUUAUGCCUUACAUUUGAAGGGUUAGCAUUGCAGCCUAUUGUGCAGUUGCAACAGAAGGGUUGUACUCCACGCCUUACUUUCUCUUCUGGGGUAGGAAGCUGACAAUACCAAGUAGCAAUCUGCAGGGUGAUGAGAAGUCCUCUUCCUGAACUGUGCUGCCUGUAUGGCACAUGGAGCUCCCACAUUUCUCUGUGCUGUGGAUUCCAUCGCUAGGUUUCUGUGGCACAGAACUAGCACCCGCUAGAAUGUGGUGUUGAAAGGAAGGUGUGAAGGGGAAAGAGCUGCCAUAACAACGUCUGUUUCCCCACAGAUCUUUGCCAGGUGGAGCUGUCCCUCUUCUUCCUCCCACAAACUGGUGUACUCACAGACUUUGGGCCAAAAAGCACACAGUCUAACUGACUAAGUUGUUCUGCCUAGGAGUGAUGGCUCCUUCAUGGAUAGGCUUCCUGAUGGGAGGCAGAGUUGAGCUUUGUUGAUGAGAGCAGUGGGUGGGAUUGUGGGUGUAGAAAGGCAUUUUACCCAGGUGGGUUAUGCACCUGUUUCAGACAACAAUAGUCUGCUUUUGGUAGGAAAGCCUUUCUGAAGUGGGGUUCUGGUAUGACUGGAUACUUUUACUUACUGGUCUUUCUUUCAGGGUUCUCUUUGCCCCCUUUUCUCUCUAGAUUUGGUUUGGUUUGGUUCUUGAAACAGACUUGUAUAUAUAUAUUUUGGUGCAAAUUCUGCAUAUGGAAAAGGACUUUAAAAUAGGCUCUGUGUGAAAUCUGCUGUAUUAAUGGGAAAUAAAACAAUUUCUUUCCUGUA